AUGAGCAACAGGUCCAGGAAGGCUUCUGAUCCGGAAAACCCGGAAAAAAAUCCCAAGAAAAAGACCCGAAACCAUGAACGAGAGAUUUUUUUCGGGGAUCCGGGCCCGGGCCGCAGGGAUCCGUGAGAUUUUGGUCUUGGAAAGAAUCCAGAAAGAUGAGCAACAGGUCCAGGAAAGGCUUCUGAUCCGGAAAAACCCGGAAAAAAAUCCCAAGAAAAAAAGACCCGAAACCAUGAACGAGAUAAUUUUCGGGGAUCCGGGCCCGGGCCGCGGGAUCCGUGAGAUUUUGGUCCUGGAAAGAAUUCAGAAAGAUGAGCAACAAGUCCCAGAAGGCUUUCAAAAUUUCCUAGGAUUAGACUCGAAACUAUGAACGACAUUUUGAUGAAAAAACCUCACGAGCUGUGACCAGAAAUGAUAGAAAUGAUAAACGACUAUUUGGGUUAUUCGACGUGAGAAUCAACGCGAGCCUUCACGACAGCUGAGAGUCACUUCUCGCGACUGCUCUCUUCGUAACUGGUCGUCUUCACUUCCUCUCCUCCGGACAAGAAGUAAAUUGUUUCUCUUUCCUUUGGCUUAGUUUCUCUGGCUCCUGACUUGGAUCCGAAGAAUCUCAGCUUUAACUGCGCUCAGUAGAUGACUUUCAGAAUGGAUCGUCAUGAAUUUGAACUCUUCCUGGACGUUUUGGAAGAGAAGCUCGAAAAAGAAGACAUGGCCGAAGACGCGUUUCAGCUGGCCGUUGAGGCGGAAGACCGCGACGACAUUGAAGAGUCCGACCGCUACCUGGCUCUGUACAAUCAACUGCUCGUCGACAUCCGAGUUCUCCAAGAGAGGCUCGACGCCAUGGCGCUCUCGUUCAACGAGUUUCAGCCAUGA